CUGCAGAAGUGAAUGAACUAGAUGAUUUCUACUCCACCCAACACUUUCUCCACUGUAACGACUUCUCUGGUACACUAAGCGCGGAGUGGGCUACGUGCCGCUUCGUCACUGAAUCGAGGUCAAUAGCACCAACAAGCAGAGGUCCUUAACCGUCAUCACAGAUUUUGACUUGUACACACGAAUGAACCUUCGUUAAUCCUAUACCACCAUCUUUCCCUGCUCAUAUCAGUUCAAAAUGAUCAUUUUACCAUCGACCGCCAAAGCCUUUUCGAAACGAGAAGCAGUCAGAAUUCAACUCGGAACAACUGACUUUCCCGUGUUAAAAAACAUUAGGAAACUAAUUCUGCAAAAUGGAGGGCCAAAUCUCAGAAGUGUUGGCCGACAAAAGACAUAUCUUGAAAGUAUCUUGUCCUCGACAGACGCAAUAUGGACCUUGUGCUGCCUGAUGCUACCAGUAUCAUCGGGAUCAGAGUAUGAACGCUGGCCCGAUGCUCCGUUUUGGACCUCAAAGGACCUGCUCCUCUCCAUAGAAGCACGUGUGAUUGACGUGUACUUCAGUCAUACGGAGUCAGGGCGGCUAGAGAGCCACGUGUUGUUCAAGCUCACAGAAAGUACUAUUGAAGAACUGUUCGACUACUACGAAAAGGUAUACUUGGUUGAAGUCGCUUCCAAGUAUGGGAUGACACCGAGCAUCAAAGAAGAGGCUAAAAAGGAAUUUCGGCAAAGUCUCGCAAGAUUCAAUUUCGGCCCACCAAUUGAAGUCUUGGAAGGACUUGAAAGUGAUGGUACAGGCGAGCUUCUGGAAGAAUGGAGUGGCAUAGUCAAAGAUAGUCUCCUGAGAUUAUUG